GCGGCGGCGGGCGGCCGGGCCGCGGCUGAGCCCCAGCCACGGGAGCGGCGCGGCGGGGCCGGGGGCGCGCACUCGGGCCGCGGCGGCGGGGGCGGCCGGCGGCGGGCCUGCGCUGGGGACGGGGCCCGAUUUCAAGCAGUUGCCUGUGACAGCUCCUGUUGAGUAAAACUGAGACGGGAACAUCUUGUAUCGGCUGUUGUACCUCUACCUGCCACGAUGAGAAGUUGCAUAAGUGAUCCAUUUAGCUGACUUUGUUUUUCUGCUGGGAAUGUCAGUGAUAAAUCUGUUGGAUGAUGGCAUUUUAAACUGCAUCUCCUUUGCUUACCUGUAAUUCUUGUCUUCAGCAACAUAGCAAACAAAUCUUUUUGGAUCCCUGUCUAAUUGAUCCAUGUUUCCAAACUCUCCCUUGUAACCUCCGCAAGCAGCCAAAAUGAAGUUGAAGCAUAACAUCAACCCUGUUCUUCUACAGUUUAUAAACUUUAUAAUCUUGGUGUACUCCCUCAUAACGUACAUUCCGUGGUACAUAUUUUCAGGAUCAAGGCAGGCUAUAGCAAAAGCCAAGCAGGUUAAAGCUAAACCUGUGAAUAACAAGCCUGGGGGUGCAUACAGAUCUGUUAACAGUCUGCAUUGCUUAGCUUCAGUUUUGUAUCCUGGGUGUGAUACACUCGACAAAGUUUUUAAAUAUGCUAAAACUAAAUUUAAGGACAAAAAACUCUUGGGAACGCGUGAAAUCCUAAAAGAGGAAGAUGAAAUCCAGCCAUCGGGAAAAGUUUUUAAAAAGGUCAUCCUUGGCAAGUACACCUGGCUUUCAUACGAAGAUGUAUACGUUAAAGCUGUUAAUUUUGGAAACGGCUUAGCAGUAUUGGGUCAGCAACCAAAGACUAACAUUGCCAUCUUUUGUGAGACUCGAGCCGAGUGGAUGAUCGCAGCGCAGGCCUGCUUUAUGUGCAACUACCAGCUGGUUACGCUGUAUGCUACUCUGGGAGGCCCAGCAAUAGUACACGGGCUGAAUGAAACGGAGGUGACCACCAUCAUUACUAGUAAAGAACUGAUGCAAACAAAAUUGAAGGAAAUUGUUUCUCAAGUUCCACUGCUGCGACAUAUUAUUACAGUGGAUGGCAAACCAACAACAUGGUCAGAGUUUCCCAAGGGUGUCAUUGUCCACACUAUGGCUUCUGUGCAAGCUAUGGGGGCCAAGGCAGAUACUGGAAGCAGACAGCAGUCUAGGCCCGUGCCCUCUGAUAUCGCAGUGAUCAUGUACACAAGUGGAUCCACAGGAGUUCCCAAGGGAGUUAUGAUUUCCCAUUGCAACAUAAUUGCUGGGAUAACUGGAAUGGCUGAGAGGAUUCCAAACCUGGGGGAAAAAGACAUCUAUAUUGGCUAUUUGCCUCUUGCCCAUGUUCUGGAGCUGAGUGCUGAACUUGUCUGUCUGUCUCACGGAUGCCGCAUUGGUUACUCUUCGCCUCAGACAUUAGCUGACCAGUCCUCUAAAAUAAAGAAAGGAAGCAAAGGUGAUGUCACUACGCUUAAGCCAACCCUAAUGGCAGCUGUCCCGGAAAUUAUGGAUCGGAUCUACAAAAAUGUCAUGAAUAAAGUGAAUGAAAUGACUAGUUUCCAGCGGAAUCUAUUUAUAUUGGCCUACAACUACAAAAUGGAACAGAUUUCCAAAGGUUACACUACCCCACUCUGCGAUAGCCUUAUUUUCCGGAAAGUACGAAUGCUGCUAGGUGGAAAAAUUCGCAUCCUGCUUUGUGGAGGAGCCCCGCUCUCUGCAGCAACUCAGCGGUUUAUGAACAUUUGUUUCUGUUGCCCCGUAGGACAGGGCUAUGGAUUAACUGAAUCAGCUGGAGCUGGAACAAUCACGGAAGUUUGGGACUACACUACAGGGAGAGUGGGAGCACCUUUGGUCUGUUGUGAAAUCAAGUUAAUGAACUGGGAAGAAGGUGGAUAUUACAACACCGAUAAACCAUAUCCUAGAGGUGAGAUUCUUAUUGGAGGACAAAAUGUGACUGUGGGAUACUACAAAAAUGAAGUGCGAACCAAAAAAGAUUUCACUGUUGAUGAGAAUGGGCAAAGGUGGCUUCAUACUGGAGACAUUGGAGAGUUUCAUCAAGAUGGAUGUCUAAAAAUUAUUGAUCGUAAAAAAGAUCUUGUAAAACUCCAGGCAGGAGAAUACGUUUCUCUUGGCAAAGUAGAAGCAGCUCUAAAGAAUCUUCCACUGGUAGAUAAUAUUUGUGCGUAUGCAAGCAGUUUCCAUUCUUAUGUCAUUGGAUUUGUUGUGCCAAAUCAAAAGGAGCUCGCAGAACUAGCUCGAAAGAAAGGAUUUAAAGGAACCUGGGAAGAGAUCUGUAACAGUCCUGAGAUGGAAAAAGAGGUACUGAAGGUGCUAGCUGAGGCUGCCAUGGCAGCUAACCUGGAGAAGUUUGAAAUACCAGUAAAAAUACGUUUGAGCCCUGAUCCUUGGACCCCUGAGACUGGUCUAGUGACAGAUGCGUUCAAACUAAAACGCAAAGAGCUUACGGCAUACUAUCAAAUGGACAUCGAUCGAAUGUAUGGAAAAAAUGUAAAAUAAUUAUUUUUUUUCUGCACCACUUUGCUACAAUGAGCUUGGAUCAAAUAGGAAAUACUUGAAUUGCCUGUCUCAACGCUUGAGAUCAACACACAAAACCACCAUUCGUCAUUUGCAGCUUAAACUGUUAUUUCUGAUAACAUCACCAUGAUGACUGGCAAGUUUAGUAAAAUGUUACGGCAGCAAACUUGUGUCUGUCUCCUUUUUUUCCAGUUUUCUCUGCUACCUUCUCAGUCUGUGGAUUUUCCCGAGUCUUUUUGGGAAACCACGAUUCUGAAGCCUCAAGUUUUUAAACAUUUAUAAAUCCUGUAUAAUGUUUUAUUUGUAUCUUUAAAAUUUGGAUGUAUAUAGAGAGAACUUGGCUAUAUAAGAAAUGGUUAUACUGGGGGCCUUUUUUACCUAAUUAUUUAAAGAUAUAAGGUAUUGACGUUGUGAUAUUAUGUACAUUGAAAAUGCUUUCAUUGGUGAACAGAGGACCGGGUUAUUUGCUGCUGUGCUAUUUUUUUUCUGUGUAAAUCUGAGGGAGAAAAUAUUUGACAUUGCAGCUUGUGGAAUACGCAUUCAGUAUGUGCCUAAUGGUUACUUUUAUUUUUAUCUGAAAAUGAAAAGAUGGUUGUGGCACAGCUCUGCAUAAAGGCAGGUACUCUUGCAGGUGUUAGUUAAAGCUUGUUUAAUACAAAAGACGCUAUUAACUCAGCAAAAGUUAAACCUAAGAAUAAUCUCUCAAAUAUAGAAGCUCCUUUUUUUUAAAGAGCUGGUGACCAUUUCAUACGGUAGUUGAAUUGUGUAGAGCUAAUAAGAGCUCUAAGCAUUAAUUUCACUAAACGCUUGGUAAGUUUGACAGUGCCCUUUGAGCAGAGGGACUGUAGCAGCUUUUGUCUUUUCUCAUCAGGUUUGGACAUUACACCGGGUUUGCUCUUUCAUUGUUUGGCAAAGUCUGGCAAGACCCUGGUUCUGCCCUAGCCGCAACCCAAAUCCUACUGGGGGGAUUUUUAAAGUCAUAAUGACAGUUAUGUUCUCAGCUCACACGGUGCCUAGCUGCCCUUUGUGCCAUUAAAAAUCUCCCUUUAAUUCUGUGUUCUUUUGUUUAGCGCUUUUUUUGCUUUAAAACCAGAUAUUUGACAUAUUUGUCAGCCAGAGUUAUUUAUGUUACUUGGUUUGUUACACCCAAUUCUUACUUUGGGAAGCAGUCUCAAUUUCUGUUUUACUAUAAAUAUGUGAAUAUUGUUUCAAGAACUAUGGGGGAUCUUUUCAUCUUCAGUGGGAGUGUUUGGGUUUGUUUCAGAUGUGAAUUUUAUUUUCAAAAUAUUUCUCGAAAGACUAUUUUAAUCAGGGUUACAUGAGAAUGUGAAAAGGCAUGCAUCAGUCUACUUUGUGACAAAGAUUAAAAUGGCUUUAAUUUGGAGAUUAUUCUCUCGUGUAUCAUUUACUUGCAGUACGAAAAAAAUCAAGGUCUUGAUGCUCACUUAGUAUCCUACUGUGGUAGCAUAUAGCAGUUCUGAACGGCAGAGGCUUUGUCUAGGGGAAGGAGUUCUGCUGGUAGCAUUUGUGACGUGGGAGUUUUGGAAGAUGUUUGGUAUACAAAUUUCCUUUUAAAAUUUUUCUGAAAUAUUAUUAUUUAAAUUAACACUUGUCAUCAAUUACGGAAAGCAGUUUCAUAGGCGUCGAAAGUUAUCGAGUAGUUUCCCUGUGCUGUAGUUCUGACGGAACGUUGCGGAUGUGUGUGCUGUAGUUCAUGUUACGUUACCAUCUCUCCCACUAUUCAUGGAUUUCCCCUGCUGCUGUCUAUGGAAAAACUGUUACAGUUUGGUGAAUUUUGGUGUAACUAGUCAAACGGAAAUAUAAGCAACAGAACUAAAUUAGAACCGUAUUUGUGGGACAAAUGCCUUCAGAUACCUAGAUCAUAAAUUAAAACCUCCGGCAAGUAGAGAUAAGACUAAUGUUGGUAAGUGGCUGAAGAAUCCGAAUGUGGAUAUUGCCAAGUCUGUAGGGCAGCGUCACACCGUAUAUUAGACAUGACUAAUACUUACAUAUGUAUCUGUGCUCCAUCGACAGGUUCUUAGAUAGUUCGCACUCAGCACAGGAUGUACAUUGUUCAAAUAUUUUUUUGUGAUUUUUAGUGAAAAUUAAUAAAUUGCCGAAGUACUAUGUAUGUCACUUGGUGCAUUGUGCAGCAGAUUUAAAAAAAUAAAUCUGCUUUUGGUUAAUUCGGAAGAAAUCUAAAGUUAGUAUUUUAUUCUGCUAAGGGUUUAAAUCCACUUUUGGAUAAAUUGCAUAAAUGAAACUCUUAAAGUGGUUUGAAAAUAGUAGUUUUAACCUUUCUUCUUAUCCAGUCACAAGAUUGGGUUACAGUCUACUGUGCGUUUGAUUUUACAGUUCAAUUUUUGUGUUUAAAACUGAUGUCAGUAUAUAGUUGCUUCUUCUUUAGACAUCACGUUCAUUGUGGACAUUUAAUUUCUUCUGCCGAAUGUGAAAACAAAGCAGUUCAUUAAUUUUAGCCUCCGCGUUGAAGAUAGGAAGACUUUUAAAAUAUUUGUCUGGGCUUAAGAUGUUUGUGAUGAGUAUGGUCUUUCUUUUGAUUUAUAACAAAAAACCCCAGACUUUAAUACUGCUAGGUUCUGAGUACUUCUGUGUCCCGUCGAGGGCCCCUGUCCCGUGGGUGUCCCUGCGCCACGGCUAUAACAGGACGGUAAGUCGGAGCUGGCGUUCGGGUGUAGGACUCCCCUCUCUGGCAGCCUUGAUCCUGUAGAUCUGAGAUACUUCUGGCUGCCACCACCUUCUCGCCCUGUGAGAAAGACAACUUUAGGGGCAUUUGUUGGAACCCCGCGUAGAUGCACUACAUGCCAGCCAGGAAUUUACCUGGUCUCUUGCUCUGUUUGUUUGUUUGUUUUUUAAUCUGUCUUCCCAUGCCCAGUGUAACAAAGUACCUGCUGGCACGUAUUGCACGUGUCCCACGGACAGCUGUAGAGUAAAUUAGCAAAAGCGCAUGGCUGGAAGUAGCGGUCUCCAUCAUGUGGGGAAUUUUGUAAUGGAAAGAGCCGUUGACUCUUAAACUGUCUUUCUGAGCUCAAACCGAGAACAAGGGGUGUGUACCUCACCCGAGGGGCCCCAAAAAGGGGGGGAUUUUUAACAAAGCUUUUGUAAAUACAGGACUUCCCAGAACUAUGAAUUGUAACUACUUGUUCUGUUGUGAAAAUUUACUUAUUUCAUUAUUAAAAAUGACUCACCAAGAAAUUCCAAGGAUGCUGUGAAUCUCCUUUAAAUCCGUACAAUUAUUUAAAAAUAUUUCAUGACUUUGAGUCAGAUUCAGUCUAGACGUCAUAAAUGUCCUUUGCAGAGAAUAGUGUUUCUGGAGUAGGUUAGGAAAGGGAAAAAUUAAAUGUCAGAAAAAGACCUUGCAGGUUUACUGAUGCUGCUACACCUGCAGUUUACACGCAAGCAGGACCAUACCUCAAUGGGAGGCUGUAUCUUAGCAGUAAAAUACUUAGCUGAAAUGAAAGCGAAAAAAAAUGUGCACCUGAAAGUAAGGACAUAAUGCGUACCCACGUCCUGCUGGUUUUAUAGACAGGGUGCGGAGAAGAGUAUGGAAUUGAAACCAUACAUGAAGAACGUCCUGUAAAGCUUGUAAGUUUAUGCAGAAAUUGCUAUAGGACAUAAAACUCCUUUGCAAUAACCUUUAUCCUGCUAAAAUUCACAAGCUCUUAUUCUGUACUAAAACUAGUUUGGGCGAUGCAGUGCAGCUUUUUUAAUUUUUAUUAAUGUGAUGUAUUAACUACUUUGGACUCGAUAUAAAAUUGUGUACAUCUGUUUCUUUACUGGUAAGAGGAACAAUCUUCAACUUGCGUACACCUUGGACCAGGCUGAAAAGUUAAUUGAGUGACCAGUUGUAUAUUAUUGUAGUUGGUUAUUUAAUGUAAACUCAUUUUCAAUGUGAUCUUGGUUGUUACUAUGAACUGCCUGAACAUUGUAUAUCCUAAUUGAGUUAUAUUGUAUGGAUUAUUUAUUUGUAAUUGGAUAUCAUGUUUCAAAAAUAAAAUUAAUUUCACAAAUUA